AUUGUAAUUGUAUCCGGUGGCCAUCUUGCGUCAAACUAUUUCUUUUCCGUUUUGUUGUCGUGAAAAUGACGGGCUUUAGUAAUAAGGCCAUCGUUAUUGAUGGCAGAGGCCAUCUGCUGGGGCGCUUGGCCGCCGUGAUAGCCAAGGUCCUGUUGGAGGGAAACAAAGUGGUCGUUGUGAGAUGUGAACAGAUCAACAUCUCAGGAAACUUCUUCAGGAACAAGUUGAAGUUUAUGUCAUUUUUGCGUAAACGGUGCAAUGUUAACCCUGCCCGUGGUCCAUUCCACUUCAGAGCACCAUCCAAAAUCCUGUGGAAGACUGUCAGAGGCAUGAUCCCACACAAGACCGAGCGCGGAAAGGAUGCGCUCAGAAGGCUCCGUGCCUAUGACGGUUGCCCACCACCUUAUGACAACAGACGCCGUGUCGUUGUACCUGCUGCAUUAAGAGUCUUCUGCCUGAAGCCAGGACGCAAGUACUGUCACGUUGGCCGUCUUUCCCACGAGGUUGGCUGGAAGUACAGAGAUGUUGUCCGCAAACUCGAAGACAAGAGGAAGUUCAAUGCAGUCCACAAAGUUGCAUAUGAAAAGAAACUUAAGAAAAUCACCAAGGAAGCCGGUGAAAAGGUAGCAAAGGUGACUGCGCCAUUCACAGCCGUCAUGCAAUCCUAUGGAUACUAAGAUUUAAGAUAUAAAAAAAUAAACCUUUUGGUUACCCAAA